GGGCUACACCGGCAGUGGCUGCUGCCUCCCAACCGGGGGAAGGGGAGGGUUGGGCGGCCUCUGCGAACCCAGCGAGCUGGGUUCGGGUGAGCCGGGCCCACGCUUGGCCCAGCCGCGGCGACACAGCCACGCGUUGCCCUGCCUAAGCAUGGCCGCCGCGCGUUGCCCUGAAGGAAGAUGGCCGCCGCGCGGCUCGUGUGAGCUGUGCGCAGGCGGGAACGGCAUUGCGUCAUCACUGUGCGCCGGCCGCGGCGGCAGCGGCGGAGCGGGCGGCGCGGAGCAGAGGGAGCCCCGGCGCGCCGGCUGCCCCGUUCCCCCCGGCGCCCCCGCCGUGCGCUAUGAGCAGAGGCGCCGGGCGCGGCAGAGGCUCGUGGCUCACCCGCCCGCGACGGACCCGGCCCGGCGCCAACCGAGGCUUUUCGAACCGCUCCCCGACCCCGCGAGCCGCUCACCGCGAAACGUGUUUACACCAGCAGCUCCUUGCCGAGCGCGACGCCGCGCUCUGGCCGCAGGAGGAGCCGCGCGGCACGCAAGCUCCGGCGCAGCGAUGGCAACCUGGCCGCGGCGCGGCGGGGUGGAAUAAGUUCUCCGGCGAGCACCCGUGGGUGGGAACUUUGCCGCGUUUUUGCCAUCAGGACUCGGAGAGAGACUCCGACAGCGUCAGGCUGAACUUCCAGAGGUUGUCUCUCGCUGGGCAGAACCGCGAAGAAGAAAUUCUGUCCGUUUUCAGGCAGCUCAGGGAGGGGGAGACGCGGACGGUUCAUGAUCUUGCGCGUCGGCUCAGAACUCAAAAGAAAGAGGUCAACCGCGCUCUGUAUAAACUCCUGCGGGAAGGCAAGUUGCGGAGAUCCGAGGAGACGCCGCCGCUGUGGAGCAUCGCGGCGAGGGAACGCAGCCCCGCUGACCGCAGAGAGGAGAGAGCAGCGAGGGGCGACGCCAGCCCCGCCAUGGCCGAGACGAAGGACAAGAUCUGCAGCUACUUGUUCAGCGUGGAAGAGACGACGGCGCUCAACCUCGCCAAAAACAUCGGCUUUUCCAGGGCUAAGGAUGUCAACGCUUUCCUCAGCGCCCUGGAGAAGCUGGGGGACGUCCACAAGCAGAACACGAACCCCCCGCGCUGGGCCCUGACGGACAGAAAACGCGAGCGGAUGCAGAUGAAGGUGAAGGCCAGCGCGGUAACGCAGACGCCGAAUCCGCCUGAAUCGGUUCCUCCGUGUCCCCAGGUGGCCGUAGCGUCGCCGGCCGCGACCACGUCGCACGAUGGAAGCCUAGAGAACGGACAACGGGUUUCGGGGCAAACGGACCAGAGCGACGGCAGCGACGUGGAAGCGGCUCUGCCCGAGGACGUUAAACCCCAGUUCUCCACUUUGAGUCACUACCAUAACGCCGAAAACGGCCAGUGGGCCACGGAUGAUAUCCCGGAUAACCUCAACGCCAUCAACAAGCAGCCCGACGGGGUGGAAUUCAUUGGGAAUUCCCAGUCUUCCCCCAGUUACGCCACCCAGUUUGAAACCGGCUUCCCGUCUAUGCCCGUGGAAAAACUGCUGGCGUGUCAGGAGAAGAACCCGGUGAGCGGCCUCACCGAAUAUUCCCAGUACACGUCCCAGCAUUGCGAGUUCACCAUGCUGGAGCAGAGCGGGCCCUCUCACGAGCCGCGAUUUAAGUUCCAGGCGGUGAUCGGCGGGCGCCGCUUCCCUCCCGCUGAAGCCGGGAGCAAGAAACUGGCCAAACAGGAGGCAGCGGCCAACGCCAUGAAGGUUCUGAUGAGCGAGGCGGAGAACGGGAGACAUGGCGGCAUUAAGUGCGAAGAGCCCUUUCCCUCCGACAGCUCCACAGCGGAACUGGCGGAACCGGAGGCGCCGUCCGCACCGGCUCAUCUCAACCUGCCCCCCGGCAAACACCCCAUCAGCGUCUUAAUGGAGUACGGCCAAAAAUCGGGGAGCACCGUUGAAUUCGAGCUGCUCUCUCAGGAGGGGCCCCCUCACGAUCCCAGGUUCAGCUACUGUGUGAAAAUGGGUGACCAAAUUUUCCCUGCUGUGGUAGGAAACAGCAAGAAAGGAGCAAAGCAAAUGGCAGCAGAAGUUGCCUUGAAGAUUCUUUCCGGAGAAUCUGCACCCCGUGUCUUGCCCGAGCAGCCCGUCGCGAAGCCCCACGGCGACCAGCCCGCGUGUGGCUCCGGACCGUGGAGCGUCCCUCCCGACGAACCCAAGGCGGCGAAAGCCAGGGGCGUCAGGGAGCUCAUCAAAUACCUGAACGUCAACCCCAUCAGCGGGCUGCUGGAGUACGCCCGCUCCAACGGCUUCGCCGCCGAGUUCAAACUCAUCGACCAGUCGGGACCCCCCCAUGACCCCAAGUUUGUCUACCAGGCGAAGGUCGGAGGCCGUUGGUUCCCGGCCGUAACCGCGCACAACAAGAAACAGGCCAAGCAGGAGGCGGCCGACGCGGCGCUCCGAGUCCUGAUCGGGGAGACGGAGAAGAUGGAGCGCAUGGAAGGGACGAACGUCACCGAGCUCCCGGUGAGCGGCAGCACCCUGCACGACCAGCUGGCCAUGCUGAGCCACCAGCGCUUCAACGCCCUCACCGCUCGCAUCCAGCACAGCCUGCUCGGGAGGAAGAUCCUGGCCGCCAUCAUCAUGCGCAGGGGCGACAAGGGCCUGGGAGUGGUGGUCAGCAUCGGCACGGGUAACCGCUGCGUGAAAGGCGAAGAGCUGAGCUUGAAGGGGGAGACGGUGAACGACUGUCACGCCGAGAUCAUUUCUCGACGGGGUUUUAUGAGGUUUCUCUACAGCGAGCUGCUCAAGUACAACCCGGCCGACCCCUCCUCGACCCAACAGAGCGUUUUCGAGCCGGCCGAAGGCAACAGGCUCAGGAUCAAGAGCGGCGUCACCUUCCACCUCUACAUCAGCACGGCGCCGUGCGGGGACGGGGCGUUGUUCGAUAAGUCCUGCAGCGACCAGGCCGGCGCGGCCGGGCAGACCCAGCACCAGCCGCUCUUCGAGAACGCCAAGCAGGGCAAACUGCGCACCAAGGUGGAGAACGGGGAAGGCACCAUCCCCGUGGAGUCGAGCGACAUCGUGCCCACGUGGGACGGGAUCCAGCGCGGCGAGCGGCUCCGCACCAUGUCCUGCAGCGACAAGAUCUUGCGCUGGAACGUGCUGGGCUUGCAGGGAGCGCUGCUCUCGCACUUCGUCGAGCCGGUUUACCUCAGCUCCGUCACGCUCGGUUACCUGUACAGCCAGGGCCAUUUGACCCGCGCCAUCUGCUGCCGCGUGGCGAGAGACGGCGCCGCGCUGCAGGGAAACCUCCGCGCUCCGUAUCGCGUCAACCACCCCGAGGUGGGACGGGUGAGCGUGUACGACUCGGCGCGGCAGACGGGCAAGACCAAGGAGUCAUCGGUGAAUUGGUGCCUCGCCGACGGCGGCGACGUCGAGGUCCUGGACGGCACGAAAGGGAAAAUCGAGGGGCCGAAACUGGAGGUUUCUCGCGUCUCCAAGAGGGAAAUGUUCGCCCUGUUCCGCCAGUUAUGCGCCAAAACCGAGCGGCGCGACCUGCAGCAGCUCUCGGUGUACUCGGAGGCCAAGGAAGCGGCGGCGCCGUACCGGGAAGCCAAGCGGCGCUUCUUCGGCGCGCUGGAGACCAUGGGCUACGGCAGCUGGAUCCGCAAACCCCGCGAGGAGGAGAACUUCUCGUUCCUCGACGCGUGACGAGCCGCCCGCGCCUUUGGGAGCCGCUUCCCCUCCUCGCACUGAUCUCCCGCCCUUGCUCUUUUUAAAACAUGCAUGGAAAUCCUUCUCUUCUUUAUUUGAAGCCGGGCAGGCUCGCUCCCCGUUUACCGGGACGAAUCCGGCGCAACAUUCCACGUUUGAUCAAAAAUAGACAGAUUUCUGGUUUAUGA